AAUGACCAAAAACUUCUAAGUUCAAGUUCUAAGUACAUAAAUCGAUCGAAAACAUGGGAAAUUACUCUUAAUAUCAAAUGGCCAGAAGUUAUGUCAUUUAAUGGAAUUGGUAAAACUAAAGGAAUAGCCUCUAAGAAUGCAGCUAUGAAAUGCUUACACUGGCUAGAAAUGAAUGAAAAGUUGAAAAAUGGUAAACCGAUCAUCUAUAAUAAGGAAAACUUAAGGGAUAUACAAAAGCCAAUUAAACUAAAUGUAACUCCCGGAAUUCUAAAUAACAUGAUAAAUUUGGUUGAAACUUACGACAAGGAAAUACGGAACUUAACAGCAUGGGAAGAUGUUUUUAAUACUCCUUGCUUUAAUACCAUAUAUCAAACUGUACCUGAUCAUCCAAUUGUUGGAAAAACAACGUAUACCGACAAAGAAGCUCGCAAUACUACAUUGAGACAAAGAUUAUUUGAAAGAAGCACCAAUGAAGUUAACCUACCAAUCUUCGAGUUUAAGAAUGAAAUUCUCUCUAAAUUAGAAAACAAUCGUGUUCUACUGAUAGAAGGUGAUACAGGAUGUGGUAAGACUACCCAGGUUCCUCAAUUUAUAAUGGAUAGUUUUGCACAGAAUGGGAAUGCUACAGAUUGCAAUAUAUUGGUGUCACAGCCACGUAGAAUCUCGGCGAUCUCUCUAGCAGAUCGCAUCGCGCACGAAAGAGAUGAGGAAGUGGGGGAUGUUGUGGGUUUUCAAGUGAGAUUGGAGCAUGCACUGCCGAGAGAACUCGGUGGGAUACUUUUUUGUACUACGGGUAUUCUACUAAAAAAGUUGCAGAGCAAUCCUAAUUUAGUAGGAUGCUCACAUGUGAUUUUGGACGAGGCGCACGAACGCCAGAUCGACACCGACAUGCUGAUGAUCUUGCUCAAGAGAGCCCUCAAACAAAAUUCUGAUUUGAAAGUGUUGAUUAUGUCAGCGACUAUAAAUGCACACUUGAUUCAACAAUACUUUGAUUGCCCUGCUGUUAAAAUACCCGGGAGACUCUAUCCCGUCAAAAUGAAUUUUCUGGAAGAUAUCGAGCGCCUACCGAAUAUCCAGAAAUAUAGAUACAUCAGAUAUAGAUACAACGAUAAUGAAAAUGAAAGAAUUACAGUUAAUUUUGAGAAAAUAGUACAAAUUAUAAGAUGGAUUUCUCAGCAUAAACCACCUGGUGCUAUUUUAUGCUUUUUACCAGGAUGGAACGAAAUUGCAACUGUGCAGACUAUGCUUGAGGAAUCUACUCUCGAUUCUGAAAAUCUAAUUUUGCCGAUUCACUCCAAAAUAUCGCACAAUGAACAGCGCAAGAUUUUUCAACAUGCGCCCGCGAACAUGCGGAAGAUUAUCUUGGCCACGGAUAUUGCUGAAACUGGCAUCACUGUUACCGAUGUAGUUUACGUUGUAGAUUCUGCCAUACGAAAGGAGUCACGAUGGGACGAUAUUAAAAAUUUGUCAUACAUAGCCAAUCGUUGGGUCUCUCAAGCAAACAUCCAUCAGCGGAAGGGGAGAGCUGGACGAGUUAAACCUGGUGAAAGUUAUCAUUUAAUUACAAUGGCAGAAUAUAAGAAAUUAGAAUCGCAUCCAAUGCCGCAGGUGUUGUGCAAUCCUCUAGAAAAAGUAAUUCUCGACAGUAAAACGUACACGAAUGAAAAGGCGAUUGACUUUUUGGGUAAAUUACUGCAACCACCUAAUCCAGUCACAAUACAAAAGGCAGUGGAGUACUUAAUAGACCUCGAAGUUCUGGACAACGAGGAGAAUCUUACAACUUUGGGUAAACGAAUGAUGUUAAUUCCGGCGCAUCCUAAGUUUAGCAAGGCAUUAGUAUAUUCUUCCAUUUUCGACUGUAUACAUCCCGUUGUAACGAUAGCCAGUGUUUUUUCUGGCGAAGAGAAUCUUUUUUAUGGUGUACUGGAUCACAAACUUGAUAUCAGGGAAAACAAGAAAUUAUACCAUCCAUUCAGUGAUCAUAUCGCGAUAGCAUGGAUAUAUAAGCAAUGGUUUAUAUACAACACUACGAAUCCAAAUUUAAUAUCGAAGUUCGGUAAAAAGAUGAAGCUCCGACUGAAUAGAAUGCAAAUAUUAAACCAAAUACGAGGUACAUUUAUUCAGCAGUUGAUCCAAAGUCAUUUAUUGACCAAUGUUGAUGUAGCGCAUUGUGAAAAUUUCGAUAUUGCUACAAACAAAUACGAGAAUAAUGACGAACUAGUACGCGCUUUAAUAUAUUCUGCUACACAACAAUUGAUAGAACAUAAAGACAUAGGAUUUAAGAAUGGAAUUCUGAGAACUGGUGUCAACGAAUUACGAACGCAAAAUCAUGCCAAGGUUGUAAUUUCGGGGGAAAGUGUUAAUUACAAACGAAAAAGUUGGCCGAGUCCUUAUUUGACAUACUUUAAUAGCACACAUUGUGAAAUGAGACGUGGUACGGUGAUUCGUGAAACAAGCAUGAUAUCACCCUUAACAGUAUUACUUUUUAGCCAAGGAAAUACACAAUGUCACAAGCACGAUGAUGACAGGACGGAAAUUAUAAUUAAUAUCAAUAAAAAACAUUGCUUAAGAUUUUCCUGUGAUAACAAUACGGCUGACGUGCUCUUAAAAUUUAAGGAUAUUAUGUGGUCUCUAGUGCAGUACUCAUUGAAGAAACAAGGAUUUAUUGCACAUGAUGAUUUUGAUUCAAAAAAGAUAUUUGAUUACAAAAAUAAAUUACUCGAAACUCUCUCAGAAACACUACUUACAUCGUCUAAACUGAUAGAAAAUGUUGAAGAUAGCAAAAUCUCUAUAUCUUAAAAACAUGAAUACGUACAUAUAAGAGAAUUUGGAAGUUCUACAUUUUUCCCAUUAACAGUUUUUAUUAUAAAAUAGUGAAAAUUUGUUAUACAUGUAUAUACAAGGUGAUGUUUUGCAUAACUAGAAUAACAACGUUGUUUCGAUUAAAUAUUAUGACAUACUCAACAAAGUUUUAUCACGCAAUAAAAAAGUCGGACUAUUGUUCGAUACGUCUAAGUUAAUAAAUAACUCUUGAAUUUCUUCGAUAACGCAUAUUUUAUUUUGAAGCGCUUGACACACCCGAAACCUACCGACACCAAUUUGCUCAAGCCAGAAUGACCGAGCAAUUAUAACAAUUUUUUUCCCAUAAUCUCGAAUGCUACGUUACGAUCGCUUGCGAGCAUUUAACAACGUACAAAACUUAUUGUUAAUUCGAGCAUCUAAAUGGAUUCUUUAAAAAAUAAAAUAAUUUUUAUGGAAACAAGAU